GUUUUCUCUUUUUUAAGGACAAAGAACAUCCAAGAUUCCUGAUCCCAGAACUGUGCAGGCAGUUUUACCACUUGGGCUGGGUCACUGGGACCGGAGGAGGAGUCAGCCUGAAGCACGGCAAUGAAAUCUACAUCGCUCCUUCCGGAGUGCAAAAGGAACGCAUCCAGCCAGAAGACAUGUUUGUGUGUGACAUGAGCGAGCAGGACAUCAGCGGACCCCCGCCAUCUAAGAUGCUCAGGAAAAGCCAGUGCACCCCCCUCUUCAUGAAUGCCUACACCAUGCGAGGAGCAGGCGCCGUGAUCCACACCCACUCGAAAGCCGCCGUCUUGGCCACCCUCCUCUUUCCGGGACGGGAGUUUAAAAUUACACAUCAGGAGAUGAUCAAAGGCAUCAGGAAGUGCACCUCCGGAGGCUGCUACAGUUUGUCUUCCAGGUAUGACGACAUGUUAGUGGUCCCCAUCAUCGAGAACACACCCGAGGAGAGGGACCUCAAGGAGCGGAUGGCCCGGGCCAUGGCCGCGUACCCCGACUCCUGCGCUGUGCUCGUCAGGCGCCACGGGGUGUACGUGUGGGGCGAGACCUGGGAGACGGCGAAGGCCAUGUGUGAGUGUUACGACUACCUGUUCGACAUCGCCGUGUCCAUGAAGAAGCUGGGUCUUGAUCCUGCACAGCCCCCGGUCGGAGAAUGUGGGAUCGAAUGAGCCGGAUGGGAGCCCGGUUACGGAGUGGCAGAGCCGAGGCUCAUGGCAUAAAUGGAACUAUUUUUGUAUCGACUGAAAUUGACCAUGUACGCCAUUGAUUUUCCACUGAAUUCUGCAGAUGGUCACCCUCGGCCUCUUCUGAUAAGGAUGAUGUUUGCUUAUCUUCUUGUAAUUGUAUGUGACAAGGCAGUAAAAUCAAAAUGUUAAUACUC